AGCAGUGGUUAAUGAUGAUGUGCUGAUAAUGAUGAUGUAAUGAUGAUGUAAUAGUUUUAGAGAUUCUGAUGAGAUGAAAUGUUGCUGGUCAGAAGUGCCUGCUGUCCUCCUGAAACACAAAACACCCCAGUGGAUAUCGUGUGAAUCCUCAUCCAUUUUAGCCUUUCACAUAAUUACCUUGGAGGAAAAGGUCCUCUCUUGCUUCACACUUCCCAUGGCCGGUCUGCUGCAGCUCUCCUGGGCACCCUUAAUGGUCCCAGGAGAGAAACAAUCCCUUCUGCAGGACAGUUCCCCCUGGGAGGGCUCUUCUGACUUGCUGGAGAGAAUGACGUUUAAUGAAGGUCCAAGUUUCAGGACACCCCAUUCUGAUGCUCCAGACCUGCCUUGUUUGAGGGCCUUCUCAGGGGAUGUCCUUGCUGUUGAGAGACCCUAUAAAGGACGUAUCUCGGUAGAGGUGACUCCUCUUCCUCUCUGUUGUCUGGAAGGAGAGUCUGGCCAUCAGACAUCCUUAUGCCAGUGUAUGUUCCGGAUGGCUGGAAACAACUGAGCUGAAUCCACUCUGGAAACCCCUCCUUGUGAUGGGAGCAGGCACCAUCCACAUUAGUGCAGGGAAGAGCACCCUUAGUGCAUGGCCAUGUUUCUGAGGGCGAUCAGAGCCUGCUCCCCCUCACAUCACUGAGCACCAUCUCUGUCUUUCAGGUUGCACAGCAAGGCAAGGACUUGGCCUGGGCUCUGGGUUGCACCAUGAACACCAACAGGCAAUGCAACAGAGAUGACCCAGCUCCUUGUUCCAUCAUCAAGCCACGCUCUGCCCAAGCUGGAUGGAUGUGGACAUCUUGCUCCUGACAAGUGUGGAGCGUGCGGUCCUGGCUUCGCCUCCCCUCUGGAUGCCAUGAAAGGUCCCCGGGAGGAGCUCGUGUAUGUGCCCUGCAUCUACAGGAACACAGGGAGGAAGAAACCCGACUUUCUGGCCACUGUGGACAUCAACCCCCAAUCUCCACACUACUGUCAGGUGAUUCACCGCCUGCCCAUGCCCAACGUGGGGGACGAGCUGCACCACUCGGGCUGGAACACCUGCAGCAGCUGCUUCGGGGAUGCCACCAAGAAGCGCAACCGCUUGAUCCUGCCCAGCUUCAUCUCCUCCCGCAUCUACGUGGUGGAUGUGGGAACCGACCCGCGAGCUCCCAGGCUUUUCAAGGUUGUCAACCCAGAGGACGUGUUCUGGAAGUGCAGCCUGGGCUAUCCCCACACCUCCCAUUGCCUGGGCAGUGGGGAGAUCAUGAUCAGCGCCCUAGGAGACCCAGCUGGCAGUGGGAAAGGUGGCUUUAUUCUGCUGGAUGGGGACACCUUUGAUAUCAAGGGGAACUGGGAGAAAGGGGACAAGAUCCCCUCAAUGGGUUAUGACUUCUGGUACCAGCCACGCCACAACGUCCUGAUCAGCACGGAAUGGGGAAUCCCCAAAUGCCUGGGUUAUGGGUUUGACCCAAGUGAUCUGAAGAAAGGGCGCUACGGACGCCACCUCAACGUGUGGGACUGGACCACUCGCACCUACAUCCAGGCCAUCGACGUGGGUGAGGAUGCGGCGCCGCUGGAGAUCCGCUUCCUGCACAACCCCGAUGCUGCCGAGGGCUACGUGGGCUGCACCAUCAGCAGCGCCAUCCACCGCUUCUACAAGACCAAGCAAGGAGACUGGGCGGCCGAGAAGGUGAUCCAAGUCCCCAGCAAAAAGGUGGAGGGAUGGCUCCUCCCGGACAUGCCAGGCUUCAUCACCGACAUCCUCAUCUCGCUGGACGACAGGUUCCUGUACUUCAGCAACUGGCUGCACGGGGACAUCCGCCAGUAUGACAUCUCCGACACCCGCAAGCCCAGGCUGGUGGGGCAGGUCUUUUUGGGUGGCAGCAUCACCAAGGGUGGACCCGUGACCGUGUGCAGGGAUGAAGAGCUGCAGAGCCAGCCAGACCCGUUUGUCAUCCAGGGCAAGAGGGUGCAGGGGGGACCGCAGAUGAUCCAGCUCAGCUUGGACGGGCAGAGGCUGUACGUCACCACGUCCCUGUACAGCGCCUGGGACAGGCAGUUCUACCCCGACCUCAUUGAGGACGGCUCCGUGAUGCUGCAGCUGGACGUGGACACAGAGUGCGGCGGCCUCACGGUCAACCGGAGCUUCCUGGUGGAUUUUGGGAAGGAGCCCGACGGGCCCUGCCUGGCGCACGAGAUCCGGUACCCGGGCGGGGACUGCACCUCCGAUAUCUGGGUUUAG